AUGCACCGGGUGGUCCAGUGUCCCUGCCCGGUGCCGAUCGGAAUAGGAGAGAAAGCUAGUCGUGUCGGCUACAUCGUCCAGGCUUUGCUGAGAAAGACCCCCGGAUUCGUCAUUGAGGUGUCCCGUCUACUGCUGCUGACCGCUGCCCUCGCGGAGCUGGUGGCUGCGGUGGCUGCCAGGCAUCACUCGGAGGCCCCAGCUUCAAAGGCACUGGAGCUCCUUGAGAAGCUGUGGAGGCAAGGUCGAGCAGAACUCAACGACGAAGCGGUCCGGUACGAAAGGCUGAAGCAGUGGUGCGCUGACACCGCCGCCUCCAAGAAGAGCGAGAUCCAGGAUGGUGAGGAGAAGGAGGAGCGCACCAGCGCGGUGGUGGAGCGCACGGAAGCCGCUGUUGCAGCGGUGCAGGAGGACAUCGAAGAGCUCGUUGCAAAAGCCAGCAAGCUGGAUGAAACGAGGUCUCAUACCGAGAAGCGCCGCCAAGACGAGUCCUCCACCUACAUCAGCUCAGACCAGGAGCUGCAAAGAUCGAUCCGCGCGGUGCAGCGCGCGAGCUUCCUUCUGCGAGAGAAGAACGACGCAGAGUCCAAGGCCGCUGCUGCCUCUGAGCUGCAGACAGCGCCGCGCGACACAGCGCUGGCUGCGCUGCAGGUCGAGGACCCCGGCUUUGCUUCCUCGAGCAUUCUGGAGAUGCUGACGAAGCUCUCGGAGCGCUUCCACGGCGAGCUCGAGGACCUCCGCAAAGCCGAGACACACGCGAAACAGGAGCAUGAGCUGUUGCUGAACCAGCUCGAAAUGGAGCAUGAGGGUAUGGAAGCCGCGCUUCGCACGAAGCGUUCUGCCCUAGGCGACGCGCAAAGAGCGCAGAAGGAGGCAGGCGAAGAUCUUGAGGAUGUGCGGAAGGACCUGCAGCAAGACAAGAAGUACAUAGAGGACUUGCAGGUGAUGUGUAGUCUAAAGGCCGAAUCCUUCGAGAAGCGCCGCAGUAGCCGCCAGGCUGAAUUGGAGGCUUUGAAAGCAGCCCUUGGAUUGAUCAGGGACAAGGUGUCUGGUUUGGUACAGCUUCGGCGGGGUUCUUCCCUUGUGGCGCUCCGCGGCGAGGUGCAUCGAGCUUUCCAGGCUUUACGUUCCGGCGGCCUUGAGGCCUUGGCCGCCCGACUCGCCGGGAAGCCUCUGGCCAAGGUCCGCCAGAUGAUCAUGGAGACCAUUAAGAACCUCGAGGAGGCCAGCCGGGAAGCAGGAGAGAAGCAGGCAUUCUGCUCAAAAGAGCUUGCGACGAGCCGCGCCGCAGAGACGGCGGCCAAAGAUGCCGCAGCAGAGCUCCGCGGAGAGCUGGAGGAAGCGGCCGCAGAGGUGCAGCAGCUGACAGAGGACGAAGCAGCACUCCGCCUGGAUGUGGAGAAGCUCGGUCGUGCUGCCGAGGAGGCUCACAAGGAGAGGACGGACUCCAAGACGCGAAAUGCCGCCAGCAUAAAGGAGGCGGAAGACUCCCAGGAGGCUCUUGAGAAAGCCUUGGUGAUGCUGCGGGAGGUCUAUGGAAAGGCUCCGGCAUCCUUGCUGCAAGUGGAUCAGACUUCGUCUGAGAUGCCGGCCAUGGAAGGCGUGCCGGAGACGUUUCCCGAUGCGGACUAUGUCGCGGCUCCGCAGAGGGGCUUGUUGGAGCUCCUUGAGGUAGCUGCCAGCUCUUACGCUUCUGCUGCAAAGGAGCUGGCCGAUGAGGAGAAGGCCGACGAGGGGCAGUUUCAGCAGUUCGUGGCGGAGACCCGGAAGGACAUAGAGAUCAAGAGUCGCGAGAUGGCACACAAGCAGGAUCGGCGCGAACGCAAGCAAAGGUUCCUGAAGCAGGGCGAGGCCGAGCUGGCAACGUCGAGCGACAAGUUGGCAAAGAUUGCGGAGUACCUGGAGAAGCUGGAAAGCCAGUGCAAGGCACCCGUCGUUACGCCGGAAGAGCGGCGUCAGAAGCGAGAGGAG